UCACGCAAGACUCAAAAGGCGAGACAACUUGCAGGCAGUGACCACUUUUAUCUGCGUGGAGGAAGUUCCACAUUUUCUCUGCUUGUCAAACACAAGCUGUCUCUACCAGGUACAAUACUUCCAUUCUGCUGGUCUGAAGAGCUAAGUCACUAUGAGACUUUCAGCAGUGUUUUGUGUUCUUCAGUUGCUGCUCAUGAGGGCCAGCUCUGUGACAUUCACCUGUGGGGACCUGGGGGUGUGCCCAGAGGGAGAGGACUGUGCAGACCCCCCUCGCUGCUAUGACCCCUGCCAUGACUACACUUCACUGAAUGAGUCCUGGCGUGCCACUGACUUUGCAAUAACCUACACACCUUUCGAUCUAGUAAAAUGUGAUACAUCUGUCAAUUGGCAAGGAUGGUACCGUUUGUUUCUGGGGGACGCUAGUGUACAGAUGCCUGAAAGGUGCAUAGAGAGAUUAAUGUGUGGGACACAUGCCCCCCUGUGGCUCAACGGUGCGCAUCCUUCACUGGAAGACGGCGUGGUCAGUCUGCCGGUCUGUGGGCACUGGUACUCGGGCUGCUGCAAUUUUCAAUCCAAUCCCAUCCAUGUCAAAGCAUGUCCUGGAAAUUAUUUCGUCUACAAAUUUGUAGCACCAACUACCUGCUACCUGGCUUACUGUGCAGACGUGAACACCACCAUCUGUGGGACCUGUGGCGAUUCUGAAAUCUGCGUGAGUGAGGACAAAAUCACCUGGAGGUGUGAGGAGCAAGCAAUCUUAUAUCCAUUUGGUGUUGAUGAAGGAGAUGUACUUAACCCCAGUGAAAAUGAUGGAAGUUCACCUGUGAUACCAAUAAACAACAGCUUUGUCUUCUUCGGAAUCAAACACCAACAGAUAUAUGUGAAUAAUAAUGGAUUCCUGACCUUUUCCCGCCCUUUAAAUGGUUCUGUCCCGCUCCCUUUCCCAUCGUACUCUGGAGAUGACAUCAUUGCGGCAUUGUGGACGGAUCUGGAUAACCGUAAAAAUGGCACCAUCUCUUACCGUGAGGUCACCAGUGGGUACCUUCUACAGCGGGCCACGCGAAGUAUCAACAGUUACUUCCCCCACUUCAACUUCGAAGCUUCCUGGCUCUUCAUUGUCACAUGGGAUCGGGUGCCUUACUACCCAGCAUCAGGGACAGAAGCAACAUUCCAGGUUGUCCUCAUCUCAGAUGGAACCAGUUCCUUCAUUCUGAUGAACUAUGGAGACAUCGGCCCCACAAAUGGAAGCGUGCAGGCUGGCUACAAAUCUAAAGACUCCGCCAGCUAUUUCACAAUUCCUGUUCCCUACACAAAUCUUACAUUCACCAGUAAUGUCAAUGUGACAGGGCGAUGGGCUUUUUAUGCUGGUUGUGCUCCUAGGGCUCAACAUCUGGUUGGCCUGAAGGUCCGCAUCAGGGCCCAAACUGAACACCUUGACCCAUCUGACCCUUCCCUGAAGCAGACUCUGCAGAACUGGAUACAAGAAAACAUUGGGUACUCGUCAGGCAAUGCAAAUUUGCAGUGUUCUCCAUGAGGAAAGGAAGAUCCCUGUGCAUCUAAUGGCAGAAUCAGCACCAACUCCACUGUGACCAUAACAAUGAAAUCAUCUCUUCUGGAUUAUUACUGUAAAAUAACUUUAAAUUAUCUUAUCAGGAUUAAUAAUUUGGGAUUUCUAUUCUUGAGGGAUUUUUUUACUCUGGGUUUGAUCAUCUGAAUUCAGUGUCACCUUUCAGAUUUCACCUUGGCUCACUGAAUAUGAACAGGGUCCUAUGCCUAAUGCACAGUGUUUUGUCUGGCCAUACCAAUCUUCCCCAUACGUGAUACAGCUGGCUCAUGCACCAACUAUAAUAACAUAGGAGAUGUUUGCCAAAACCAUAAAUAUAUAGAGAUAUAGAUAUACAUAGAGAGAU